GGAAAACAGCCCAUGCAGCAGCAAGAAGUAUCAGGGUUAGACACCAGGAAGACAGGUCUAGAGUUCCUGGAGAACUGUGGGCAAGCCUGUGAAGGGUCAGGUAGGAAGUCCCAGCAUCCAUCUUUUGUGCCUGAUGUAGGUAGGAGAAGAUGAAAUUGACCAAAUAAAUAUGAGGGACUCAGAUGAGCAACAGGAGGGCCUUGGAUGUGGGGUAACACCAUUCCAGAUGGACGUGUGACCUUGAGGCAUCACUGGUGGACAGAGUGUUGAGUGGGGCUCAUUGAUUAGCUAGGAGUUGAGUGGGUUGAUGGUUCUGAACUAAAUCUGAGUUCUUGGCGCUCCCAGCUGUGAGUGGGCCUUGAUCCUGAGGCAAGGAUGGCCUCCUACAGCCCCUCCCCCUCCCCCUUUGUCAUCCUCCUGGCAGAAGAGGAACCAUCACUGACCACACUGCUUCCUUAACAUUCCCUCAAGAGAGUCCCUUGCCAUUGGACAAAUGUCAGCCGGACCAGGAGCUCAGCUCUGCUCAAAGUCAUAGUCGUCAGGUAGCCCUGGGAGAGUCAGGGGAAAGAGCAGGUUGUAGGUGGCUGUUGGGAACUGAAGAUAAGGCAGUUCCACGCACCAGGGAGGUCGUGGAGGUCGAGAAGCAAAGGACAUGGCAUUGGGGUGACCACAGCCCCUGGAUUGAAACAUUGAGCAUUGGAAGCGAGGAUUUUCAGCUGAUGAGGUGCUAGAGGGUUCAAACACCAUUGUGUCUGGGUCCUGGACUGGUGAUUUGGAGAGAGCGUUAUCAGGUCUCCCUCAAGGGCAGGAUGGCCCAGGAUCUGAGUGAGAGAGAGCUGCUGAGGAUGGAGGUGGAGCAGCUGAAGAAGGAAGUGAGGAGCCCCCGUGACCCGAUUUCCAAGACAGGAAAGGAAAUCAAGGAUUAUGUAGAGGCCCAAGCAGGGACUGACCCUCUUCUCAAAGGCAUUCCAGACGAUAAGAAUCCUUUCAAGGAGAAAGCCACUUGUGUGAUAAGCUGAUGGCCCAGAGCACCCCCACUUUUUUUCCUGUCCCCCUUCAGCCAGACCUGAGUGUGCUGGAAAACCCAGAGACCAAUGUUUAUCUCCUUUUAGACAUAAAAUGAGUAAAGAUGCUGAAAAAAAAAAGA